AUGAUUCAAGCCGAGGCCAAAGUUAACACGCCACAAUCGAUGAGCAUACUGAAGGAUCCAGUCUGGGCUGACCCUUUGAUUGAGAUCGAGGUCCGGAAGAAGGUUGCUGAACGAUUUGGUGAAGAGCCUCAGUACCAGCAGCACCAAAAACAAUCUUACCGAAAACCAUCGCACCAAAAGUAUCACAAUCCAAAGAAUCACCGUCGUCCAAUGCAACAGUACCAGAAGCUCCAGGAAAAUCAGUACCAAACAACCCAACAUCCGCACCACCAAAUUCCAAGCCAACACUCGUACCCAAACCAACAAUAUAACCCCACCGCUCAGUACCAUCAUCAAGUACAAUAUCAGGACAUAUCACUGCAACAACUGUACGCCUCCCAGCCCCAACAUACCGCUCAGUACCAUCAUCAAGUACAAUAUCAUCACAUAUCACACCAGCACGCCUAUGUCUCACAGUAUCAACAUACCACUCAGUACCAACACAAUGCCCAGUACCUAGAUACCGCCCAGUAUCAGCAACCGCCACCGCAAGUGUCACAACAACCUUGUCUUCAAACUAUACCGCCCUACCAGCCCCAAAUCAGAGGAUCUUAUAUUAAUGAUUGUACAUACUAUUUUUGA